AUGACAGACGUUCGGCUCAGCCAAUUACUGUCGAGUCCGACGGCGGCUCCCACCGUCCCGGCGGGGAGCGCUCCCCCCGCGGCCGCGCCGACCCCACCCGCCGCGCCGGCCCCGCCGCCGGCCGCGCCACUGUCAGCCGCGCUCUCAGGCCCUUUCCCCGGCGGACGCGUGGUGCGGCUGCACCCGGUUGUGCUCGCCUCCAUCGUGGACAGCUUCGAGCGGCGCAACGAGGGCGCGGCGAGGGUCAUCGGGACGCUGCUGGGGACCGUGGACAAGCACUCGGUGGAGGUCACCAACUGCUUCUCCGUCCCGCACAACGAGUCCGAGGAUGAGGUGGCUGUGGAUAUGGAAUUUGCCAAAAACAUGUAUGAGUUGCACAAGAAGGUGUCUCCUAGCGAGAUCAUCUUGGGCUGGUAUGCAACAGGUCAUGACAUCACGGAGCACUCAGUCCUGAUCCAUGAGUAUUACAGCCGGGAAGCACACAAUCCCAUCCACCUCACUGUGGACACAAGUCUCCAGAAUUCACGCAUGAGCAUUAAAGCCUAUGUCAGUGCCCCAAUGGGAGUCCCUGGUAAAACUAUGGGCGUGAUGUUCACACCCCUAACCGUGAAAUAUGUUUAUUAUGAUACAGAACGGAUAGGAGUGGAUCUUAUCAUGAAGACCUGCUUUAGCCCCAAUCGAGUGAUUGGCUUGUCCAGUGACUUGCAGCAGGUGGGGUCAGCCUCAGCCAGGAUCCAGGAUACCCUGACCAUGGUGCUGCAGUAUGCUGAGGACGUGUUGUCUGGCAAAGUGGCUGCUGACAACACUGUCGGGCGCUUCCUGAUGGAUCUUAUUAACCAGGUGCCAAAGAUUUCACCAGAGGACUUUGAGACCAUGUUGAACAGCAAUAUCAAUGACCUGCUGAUGGUAACCUACUUGGCAAAUCUCACACAGUCACAGAUUGCCCUCAACGAAAAACUUCUGAGUUUAUAAAGAAACUUUUGCCACCCUACACUUCAAGGAGCCUGAAGAAUGAGCAGAUACACUUUUCUGUGGUGUUAGAAAUUUCCUUGGACUGUAAUUUAAUUACCUACAUGACUUGGUUUACAUUUCCAUUGCUCUGAAAAGUCCCUAACAUGCUUUAGGAAAUUAAUGGGAAUGGCUGUAGUUCCAUUGAGUCUGGUAUUUUAAAAUGGAAUAUGAAAAUCUUUUGUCUCCUGGAUUUGUCUACUUGUAUAACAAAAUACAGCUUUAUUGUAAGAAUGUAUUUGGAAUAAAAGUUCCAUUGCAGUGGCAACAAUGGCUUCUGUCCAGAAAAAAA